AUCUGUCAAUAAAACUGUUAAGGUUAAAGGCAUUUGAUCAAUAAUUUAAACUUAAAUCAUUCAUUUAAGAAAACCACCUUAGAAGUAUUAUUUCUAAAACUUAAAUAAUUUACAUCCAACUUAAAUCUAUUAUUUCGUGUGUAAAUCACAAAGUAUUUCAUUACAGAAAGAAAUCUAACCUCAAAGCACGUGUUGCCAUCAGUUCGUACACAAUGGGUGACUCAGACGUCCCCAAACUCGCUGAUUUUCCAUCAAAUCAAAAUGAUGAAGAUUCUGAUGGUUGGGAUGAAAUGGAAGCCACUGGAGGUGAACAAACGACCUGUUUAUUUUGUUCAUCUCAAUUUCACACGAUUGCCGUCGCCUUAGAUCACUGCCGAACUGAGCAUAAUUUUGAUCUUUUAGACUUGAAAACGAAAUACAACAUGGAUUGUUACUCAUUUAUUAAAAUGAUUAAUUAUAUUAGAAAACAUAAACCUGAGCCUAAAACAAUUACUGAGUCUUGUAGUGUGUUAUGGGAAGAUGAUGAAUAUUUAAAACCAGGUGAAAUGGAAUCUUGGUUAAUGUAUGAUUUUGAUGAUUUAGGGAGUGCUCCAUCUACUCCUCAUUAUGCAAUUGAUGGAAAAACUCCUAUAAGUAAUAUUACUUAUGCUGAUUUACAAAGGCAAAUUCAAGACUUAACCGUUCAGCUGAAACACAAAGACUCUUUACUUCAAACUGCCAUGGAAGAUAUUUCUAAGAUGAGACAAAUUACUAGAACUAUAAUAGAAGCUGGAGAUGAAAAAUUAGCAAAUUCUAGUAAGAUUAAUUGUGUAGGAUCCAUUCCAGUUGGAUAUGAUAGUGAAUAUUUUAAUUCUUAUGCUCAUUUUGGAAUACAUCAUGACAUGCUUAAUGAUAAAGUGCGGACCGAAAGUUAUCGAGAUGCAAUCUUAAAAAAUUCAGCUUUAUUUUCCGGAAAAACCGUUUUGGACGUUGGUUGUGGGACAGGAAUUUUAUCAAUGUUCGCUGCUAAAGCGGGAGCCAAUAAGGUUUACGGAAUCGAUCAAUCUGAUGUAGUUUACAAAGCAAUGGAAAUAGUAAGAGAAAACAAUCUUCAUGAAAUAAUUCACUUAAUUCAUGGUCGUUUAGAAGAUACGCAACUCCCAGAAGAAAAAGUCGAUAUAAUCGUUUCAGAAUGGAUGGGCUAUUUUCUCCUUUUCGAAGGAAUGUUGGACAGUUUUAUUCACGCUCGUGACACCCACUUAAAACCAAACGGCCUUGUUUUACCAUCAAAAUGCACAAUAAACCUUAUAGGUGGAUCAGAUUUAGAACGUUACAAAAAAUAUAUCGAUUUUUGGGACGAUGUUUAUGGGUUUAAUAUGAAAUGCAUGAAAUCAGAAGUGUUAGGAGAGGCUAAUAUCGAAACUUUAUCCAAUGAACACGUUUUGACUGAAUCAUGUGUUUUAAAAGAGAUUAAUUUGCGCGAUUGCACCACAAGUACGCCUAAUUUCAGCGCUAACUUCGAGUUGAAAUGUCUUAAAAAAGGUGUUUUGACGUGUUUUGUUGGUUAUUUUGAUACAUUUUUUGAGUUAGAAAAUUUGGUUACGUUUAGUACAGGACCGGAAGUUGAAAGAACUCAUUGGCAACAAACUAUUUUUUAUUUAAAGAAUGUUAUCAAUGUAGAAGAGGGUGAUGUAAUACGUGGUACUUUAAAUUGUAGUCGAAUGUUGAAAAAUGUACGAGGAUUAAAAGUUAGUAUUGUUAUUGGAGAUGAUAAAUAUGAAUAUAGGUUAGAUUAACAAAAAAAGAAACAAUAGUUAGGCCUAAAAUUUUUAUUUUUAUUGAGAGAAAAGAAUUCGAAUUAAUUUUUUUGAUGUUAUAAUUUUUAAUAUUUUUACA